AUUGAAUCGAUUGAAAGAGGUGUGAAAAUCGCGAAUUUGAUCAUGAUUGUUCUACUGAUUUUUACAAUUUUGAUCGAUUUCUGUUCUCGAUCAGAAGCUCAGGGGGCCGUCGUCGGAGUAAACUACGGUAUGCUCGGCGACAACCUCCCAUCGCCGGCACAGGUGGUGUCUCUCUUCGAGUCCCGCGGCAUCGGCAGGCUCCGUCUCUUCCACCCCGACGCCGCCGCCCUCGCCGCCCUCCGCGGUUCCGGUAUCGAGGUCGUCCUCGGCACGCUCAAUGAGGAGCUCCCCGGCCUCGCCGCCGACCCCUCCGCCGCCGAGAAAUGGGUCGCGGCCAACGUCGCCCCCUUCGCCGGCUCCGUCCGCUUCCGCUACAUCAACGCAGGGAACGAGGUAGUCCCCGGGGACACCGCAGGGAACGUGCUCCCUGCCAUGCGCAACCUCGCCGCCGCCGUGAGAGCGGCCGGGCUCCGAAUCCCCGUCACCACGUCGGUGGCCACGACGGCGCUCGGCGUGUCGUACCCGCCGUCGCAGGGGGCGUUCUCGGAGGCCGCCGCCGGCGUAAUGACCCCCAUCGCGGCGUUUCUGCGGUCGACGUCGGCGCCGCUGCUGGUUAACGUGUACCCUUACUUCUCCUACGCCGGAAACCCGGGGGAGGUGGCGCUGGACUACGCCCUAUUCAGGGCCGCCGGCGUGGUGGUGCGCGACGGCGCGCUGGGGUACGACAACCUGUUCGACGCCAUGGUGGACUCAGUGCACGCGGCGCUGGAGAAGGCCGGGGCGGCGGAGGUGGAGGUGGUGGUAUCGGAGACAGGCUGGCCGUCGGGCGGCGGGGGACUGGGAGCGACGGUGGAGAACGCGGCGGCAUACGUCAACAACUUGGUGGCGCACGUGCGCAAGGGCGGGGGCACGCCGAGGAAGCCCGGAAAGGCGACGGAGACGUACCUGUUCGCCAUGUUCAACGAGAACCAGAAGCCGGCCGGAACAGAGCGCCACUUUGGGCUGUUCCACCCGAACAUGACCGAAAUUUACCACGUCAAUUUUCAACCCUAAAACAAAAUAAAUUAUAAAUUAAUUAUAGAUUUUAUCACAACUCAUAAAUACUCAUUUAUAAGUAAUCACAGUAUUAUGUUAUUCAUUAAUUCUGGAUUAUAUCAUUUGUCCCUCGUGCUAUAGAUACCAUUGAAUUCUAAUGUUAUUUUUGAAAGUA